AUGGAUGAUCAAGCUGUCAUCACUCUCAUCGAUCUACAACCACACAUUCCCACCAAUUUAUUAGCAAAAUUCAAAAAGAAAUUAUGCUCACCUGUCUCCAUUGAAUUUUCUCAGAAUUUUACAAAAAUUAAAAAUCUUUCCGAACCUGAUGAUUCAAGUAUUUAUAAUUUGGUAAUUUGUCAGGAGUUGAAUUAUUUAAUUGCAGGUGCGAAUUCUGUUAUUGUUUACGAUUUGAUCACUCAUGAAAGAUUAUUACAUAUUCCUUUUGAUGAUGGGAUUUAUAGUUUGGAUUUGGAGAGAGAAUUUUCUGGUCAAUUGAAUUUGAUUAUUUCUAGUUCAACUAAUGAGCUGUUCAAGUAUAAUUUUACUGAAAUGAUAAAGAAUAAGGAAGUGGGAGAACCUAUUUGGAAAGCUGAAAUGAAAUUUCAACAUAUUUGGGGUGUAAAAUGUUUCAAAACUGAAAUUUAUGUAAUUGAUUAUGCACAGAAAAUGUUUGUUUAUGACUCAAAGACAGGAAAAUUACGCGAUGAUAUUCAAAUAGAUCUUGAUAGACAAUUGGUUGAUUUGGUUUUCACUCCAGAAGAGGAAAUGAUUGUUUGUGGAGUAGAUCAGUUACACAUUAUGAAAUUCAAUGAAAACUCUGCGACAUGGGAAAAGAUCAAAACCUUGGAAAACACCACCCCAAAUAGAUGCUUCAGUGUGUGGUAUGAAAAAAAGACGAGAUUGAUCUAUCUCACUGAUGCCAAUGGUAAAAUAUACAUAUUAGAUAGACAAUUCAAUAUAUUGAAGACAGUGACAGAACUGGAAAGUUUAUCAUCUCCGUACGGUAUUGUAAUUAAUGAUAAGAAUGGAGAAUUGUUCUUGUGUAAUUCGGGAACAAAAGAAAUUCUAAUUUAUAAAUAG